CCGUGUGGUGGUCGAUUUAUCAAUUUUUCCAAAAUAUUGUUGCGAGUUUAAUAGGCGGGAAGUGAUAUUAUUCUGUGAACUCCAACGAAAAUGAGCGUCGAAGAGGAUGUGAUGAAAAUACAAAAGAAACUGACUAAGAUGACGUCUGAUGAUGGCACGGGGCAAGAGGAAGCAUUGGAGUUGUUGAAGAAUCUGCAAACGAUGGCAAUCAACUUGGACGUCCUGACUAAAACGAGGAUAGGUAUGACUGUCAAUGCUUUACGUAAAUCUAGCAAGGACGACGAGGUUAUAACUUUGUGUAAAACGUUGAUAAAAAAUUGGAAAAAGUUCUUGUCCACUCCUACCACACCAUCAAAGGAGUCUGGAAGCUCUUCUAAAUCUAAAAAGGAUUCAGGGAAAGACAAGGACAAGAAAGAUGAUAGGGAAAAAGAUAAGAAGCUGCAAGCUUCAUUUCCACCUCAAUCCAACACUACUGAUGCUGUGAGGCUCAAGUGCCGAGAACUUCUUACUCAGGCUCUGAAAACUGAUGGAGAGAACCCCAAUGCUUGUGGAGCUCCUGAGGACCUUGCUGAGGAAUUGGAGGAAUGCAUUUAUGCUGAAUUUAAAAACACUGAUAUGAGAUACAAGAAUAGAGUUCGAUCCCGGGUGGCUAAUCUAAAGGAUCCUAAAAAUCCCACUCUGCGAACAAAUUACUUAAAUGGUGUCAUUACUGCAUCCCGUUUGGCAAAGAUGACCCCCGAGGAAAUGGCAAGUGAUGAAAUGAAGAAGUUGAGAGAGAAAUUCAUAAAGGAGGCUAUUGAUGAUGCUCAGCUGGCUACAGUGCAGGGUACAAAAACAGACAUGCUCAAGUGUGGCAAAUGUAAGAAGAAGAACUGCACCUACAAUCAACUCCAGACCAGGUCGUCUGAUGAACCUAUGACCACAUUUGUGUUAUGCAAUGAGUGUGGUAAUCGCUGGAAAUUCUGUUAAGACUGCUUCAAAGUAAUCCUAGAAAAAUAGUGUAUUUUAAUGAUACGCUUGAUGUAUCAAGUAAUUGUACUUCUUAAUAUUUACAUUCACGUAAUGGAUUAAUUGUGUUUCUUGCAUUGACCUUUCUGCUGUCACUGACAAUGGAAUCAUGUUGAGUAGAUAAGGGAUCUUUAGUUAUAAAUAAAUUAAUGUGCUUUAAGUGAAUUUCUAUGUUUUAUUU